CGCUUUACGACUUGUAUACAUGCGGGGACUAGGGCUAAUCACUCACUCGUCUUUCUCUCCUCCUCCCUCCGACCAUUUCACAAAACCGAACUGCUGCUGCUACUAAAGAUUGAUGAGCUCUGUCAUCUUCUCGUAACCAAACAACGCUAACCGCUUAUUACUACUCGUAUUAUUAUGCCCGCAAUGGAGCCGGAAAAUUCCAACUCUAAUCCGGCUGAACAGUUUAAACUCCAAGCCAAUGAAGCUUUCAAAGCGCAUAAGUAUUCGCAAGCUAUUGAUCUGUAUACGCGAGCGAUAGAGUUGAACUGCGAGAAUGCGGUUUACUGGGCUAACCGUGCCUUCGCGCAUACCAAAUUGGAGGAGUAUGGGAGCGCUAUACAGGAUGCUACUAAGGCUAUUGAGAUUGACCCUAGAUAUUCCAAGGGUUAUUAUAGACGAGGGGCUGCAUAUUUGGCAAUGGGGAAGUUUAAAGAUGCACUCAAAGAUUUUCAGCAGGUCAAGAAGAUAUGUCCAAAUGACCCCGACGCUACAAAGAAAUUGAGGGAAUGUGAGAAGGCAGUGAUGAAACUCAAGUUUGAAGAAGCUAUUUCUGUCCCUGAAUCUGGAAAGCACUCAGUUGCCGACUCCAUUGACUAUCAUUCCAUAGAAGUGGAGCCACAGUACACUGGUGCCAGGAUCGAGGGAGAUGUUGUAACUUUAGAUUUUGUGAAGAAAAUGAUGGAGGAUUUCAAAAGCCAAAAGAACUUACAUAGAAGAUAUGCAUACCAAAUUGUGUUGCAGAUAAGAGCAAUGCUGCAAGCAUUGCCCUCACUUGUUGACAUCAAUGUUCCUGAGGGGAAGCAUUUCACUGUAUGUGGUGAUGUACAUGGUCAGUUCUAUGACCUUUUAAAUAUUUUUGAGCUCAAUGGUCUUCCAUCUGAAGAUAAUCCAUAUCUCUUCAAUGGUGACUUUGUUGAUAGAGGAUCUUUCUCUGUUGAAGUCAUAUUGACUUUAUUUGCUUUCAAAUGCUUGUGCCCAUCAGCUAUGUAUCUCUCUCGAGGAAAUCAUGAAAGCAAGAGCAUGAACAAAAUAUAUGGUUUUGAGGGCGAGGUCAGGUCCAAACUAAGUGACACUUUUGUGGAGCUUUUUGCUGAAGUAUUCUGCUUUUUACCCUUAGCUCAUGUGAUAAAUGGGAAGAUAUUUGUUGUCCAUGGAGGCCUUUUCAGCGUUGAUGGUGUUAAGCUCUCUGAUAUUAAAGCUAUUGACCGGUUUUGUGAGCCACCAGAAGAGGGAUUGAUGUGUGAGCUGCUGUGGAGUGACCCACAACCUCAACCUGGAAGAGGUCCUAGCAAACGGGGUGUUGGUCUUUCAUUUGGUGGGGAUGUGACCAAAAGAUUUUUGCAGGAAAAUAAUCUUGACUUAGUUGUGCGAUCUCAUGAAGUAAAAGAUGAGGGCUACGAAAUUGAGCAUGAUGGUAAACUCAUCACUGUUUUCUCUGCUCCAAACUAUUGUGAUCAGAUGGGUAACAAAGGAGCGUUUAUCCGUUUUGAAUCCCCUGAUCUCAAGCCGAAUAUUGUUACAUUUACAGCAGUGCCGCACCCUGAUGUGAAGCCAAUGGCUUAUGCCAACAACUUCCUCCGAAUGUUCUCAUAGUAGAAAUUGGCGGGAUUAUGGAAGUUAAUGGUGAUAUAGAAUAGAGCAAAGUUUUCCGGUGGAAGAAGAUGUGGUCAAACAGGAAUUUUGUGGUGUGCUGUGAAUUCUUGGGAUAGAAAGGAAAUAUAAAGUUUAGGUGUUGGCUGUUGGCUUAAAUAACCGAAUGUAUGCCAUCCAUUGCUGUGUAAGAUUUGUUGUUUUCUUCUCUUCUAUUGCAAUUGACAAAUCCAAAUUAAUUAACAAAAGAAUCUCUUUUUCUUUUUU